AUUGUUAUAUUAAUAGUCAAUGUAUUAGACAUUGACUUCCCUUUCCUAUCACUCGUGUCUCUCAAUUGGCAUUAUAUUUACGGUUGACUUAAUUGUUACUAAAGAUAAGUUGACGUCAAGAUGUCGGGAGGUUUGGGUGUAUUAGCUCUGAAACAGGAAGACGUGGCAAAGUUUUUGUCAUGUAAUACACACAUCGGUUCCAAUAAUAUGGACUUUCAGAUGGAACAGUAUGUCUUUAAGAGACGUGGAGAUGGUGUUUAUAUCGUUAAUUUGCGCAAAACAUGGGAGAAGCUAUUAUUGGCCGCUCGGGCUAUUGUGGCCGUCGAAAACCCGGCUGACGUGUGUGUUAUAUCGAGCCGACCUUACGGUCAACGAGCUGUCCUAAAGUUUGCUUCGGCUACUGGCGCCACUCCGAUUGCUGGCCGUUUUACUCCCGGAACUUUUACCAAUCAAAUUCAGGCCGCUUUUCGUGAGCCGCGACUACUGAUUAUUACUGAUCCCCGUAUUGAUCACCAACCGAUUACUGAGGCUUCGUAUGUGAACAUUCCGGUCAUAGCAUUCUGUAAUACAGAUUCGCCGCUCCGUUAUGUGGACAUUGCUAUUCCCGGCAACAAUAAGGCCCCGCACUCUAUCGGUCUUAUGUGGUGGCUGUUGGCCAGAGAAGUACUUCGUCUUCGUGGAUCAAUUAGUCGCGAAACUCCCUGGAAAGUAAUGGUUGAUCUUUACUUCUUUCGUGACACUGAAGAACAAGAGAAGGAAGAACAGGUUGCUCUCGUUCCCGACCGUCCAGUUAAAAGCGAAGCUCCCGAACAGUUCAGCACUGAAAAUUGGGCCACUGAUAACACUCCCGCUGAGGCUGAAACAACUGAACCGCAGAUACCUACCAUCAGUGGUGGACAACCUGAACAAUGGACCGGUCAGGUUGAUGAACAAUGGAACAAUCAAGUGGUUGAUGAUUGGGGCGCACAGACUACUGAUUGGACUACAUAAGCAAAUAAUGUUAAUGACUAAUAAAAGUUACUAUUGAUUAUAGUAAUGAAUUUGGAAAAUAAACAAUUUUUA